GGCGUCCAGCUAGAUGAAUUGACCAGAAAGGGUAUUGCUCGGCAUUUAUCUCCCUCGCAUUGCAUUUGCACGUGCCCAGCUCAUAUGCCCUUGCAAUUCCUUGUCCCACUUGUCCCCGCCGCACCGCUUUCUUAUUUUGUCCUCCGCUAUUUUCCUGAUUACGGAAUUACCCCUCUCUUUUUUUUUUUUUUCCUUCCAGAAUCUGUCUCCUUAACCUCAAAUGACCUCUUUGUCCCCUACAACGGACAUCUUUUUUGUUCCCCCGCUCUAACGAUCACUUUUUACUCCCUUCACGCCCCCGCGAUCAGACAAACUAGUCACUCCCCGACUCGUAAGGUCAAUGCUGCAAUCCCAUCCUGCUCCGAGGUUCUUUCCGUAAUUUGAAUAUUACACUAUAAAUAAUAACCCCGGCGUAGAGUAGAGAGACGCGAGGAACAACAGGAGCCUCUAUUUCACGCAUUAUUAUUCUGCGUUUGAUUUUGCUAUGGCUUGAAUGUAUAGAACUCAGACAUGGCCGUCUCCAGCGGUUCGACUACCAUUGACAUUGAUUUGAUACCUUUCGGAGGAAAGGAAUUCUUGGUGAAAACUAGCAAAGGUUCUAUCUCUGUGAUGGUUUGCGGAGACCAAGAGAAGCCUGCUCUAAUAACUUAUCCGGAUAUGGCUCUCAAUUAUAUCUCUUGUUUUCAAGGUCUGUUGCUCUACCCAGAUGCAGCUUCUUUGCUGCUUCACAACUUCUGCAUUUAUCACAUUGAUGCUCCAGGGCACGAGGUCAUUAUCAAGUCUCUAACCUAUGUUCCUGUCAAGACAUUAGCGUGUGUUCAUCUUUCUAGCCAUUAUUAUAGGCAACCUUCCUUGAGCAUCUUUCUUUCUAGCUGGGCUUGCUCGAGUUUGCAUCCGGGGUAUAAAAAGUACUGCUCAUUAAAUAGAUUUCACAUGUUGGGAGCUGAUGUGAUUCCUUCAGAUGAACCCUUGCUUAGUGUGGAUGAUCUUGCGGACCAGGUCGUGGAAGUGCUUGAUUUUUUUGGGAUAAGACAGGUUUUGUGCUUGGGUGUCACAGCUGGUGCUUACAUCCUCACGCUAUUUGCUAUGAAAUACAAAGAACGGGUGCUUGGGCUGAUUCUCGUGUCGCCUCUUUGCAGAGCACCUUCAUGGACUGAAUGGCUUUACAAUAAGGUUUUAAAGAAUUUAUUAUACUUCUAUGGCAUGUGUGGUUUAUUGAAGGAAUGCCUUCUGCAGCGUUACUUCAGCAAGGAACAUAGGUGCAAUGUUGAGGGAGCAGAACCAGACAUGACAUUAACUUGCCGAAGGCUUCUGGAUGAAAGGCAAAGUUUGAAUGUCAUGCGUUUUCUUUUAGCAAUUAAUAAGCGUGACCUCACUGAGAGUCUCAAGAACUUGCGGUGUAAGACGCUCAUAUUUGCGGGGGCAAGUAGUCCAUUUCAUGCUGAAUCCGUGCACAUGAGUGCAAAAAUGGACAAGAAGACCUGUGCCCUUGUUGAGGUAGGCAAAGGCAAAGUUAAAGCUUGCGGGUCAUUGGUGACUGAAGAGAAACCAUAUGCCAUGAUAAUUCCAAUCGAGAUAUUCUUAAUGGAAUUUGGGUACCAGAGAGUAUUUGCUUCAUGCUCAUCGUCAACCGUUGGGUCUAGUCCACCUGGCCGAAUAGCGCCAGAACUCUUAUCCCCCCAGAGCCUAGGGAUUAAGCUCAAGCCUGUUAGAACCAGAGUGAAUAUUGAAAUCUAAUUUAAGAUUUGCACACAAUAUAGGAAGUAAACUAGUUUAGCGUAUUCUUUGGUAGGUCCUAAAACCGACACGUAUUGAUAUGUUGUUAGAGGUAGUAACCCUCUGGAAAGCCAUUUUUUCUUGCCAACUUUCACUCUCAUGAGUCAUGCCAGUUGAAGAAAUGGCCAGGCUUCCCUAAUUUUCUACCUAAAAAAUUUGUAUGUUCUAUGAAAGACUCACUCAAUGCCAUCAACCUUGGGCUAGCUGUGCCAUGAAUUACCUAAAGACUAAUUAUACAGGCUUAUGGUUCAUGAUUCA